UACCCCUGUCAGGAAAAGUAAUCGACCGCGGAGCGACAGGAGCGAAAGUCGGACACAGGAGUUGUUCCUGAGCUAAAAUGACUUUCAACCGCCUUUUAUUCAGAGCUGCGCUCAAUAGCAGAGUUGGAUCAAGGUCUGCUUUCACGAGUUCAAAGACAGACUUCACUAACCCCAACUGGCUGCGAGUUGGACUUGCCUUUGGAACGUCAGCUUUCAUUUGGGGCCUGCUAUUCAAGCAGCACAGCGCAGAUGUACAUGAGUAUAAACUUAGAAAUGGCCUGGAGUAACCCCACACCACCGGAGGUUGACGGGUCUUAACUGAUGCACCCGUUUCUCUAAUUCCUCACAAUUGUGUUCUGUGUAAAUUAAACAUGUGAUGUGAAAUAA